UAGCAUUUGUCCCCCAAAUCUCUCUACCUCACCAAAACACUCCGAAUGGGAAGAAAAUAUGGCAUGAGGGAGCCGGCGGCUGACGACCACCGUUCACCGUCUUCUACCGAGCACGAGCCCCGGCUGAACAUGGACUUAAGGAUACGCAGCGGCGCGUGCGGACAGCAGAGACAACGGAGCACAAAGCGGAUGGGAGAAAACGCUCGUGUCCUCGCUUAGCGUUUCUGCAACACGACUCAUCAUCAGUAUUAUCUCUACAGACGAACAUAAGGGACACAAGGUGGGAGCUGGCGGGCUAAUUCAAGCCUCCCAGGCUAUAUAAACUGAACAAUAAUCGGACUGUUGGUUGAAUUCAUCAGUCUCGUCAGUGGCAUCAUCUCCGGCUGAAUAAAAGACGAGAGAAUGAGUGAACAGAGUAUCUGCCAGGCGCGGGCCUCAGUGAUGGUCUACGACGAUGCCAGUAAGAAGUGGGUGCCCAUCAAGCCUGGGCAGCAGGGCUUCAGCCGCAUCAACAUCUACCACAACACUGCCAACAACACCUUCAGAGUGGUGGGCGUCAAACUGCAGGACCAGCAGGUGGUGAUCAACUACUCCAUAGUGAAGGGCCUGAAAUACAACCAGGCCACCCCAACUUUCCAUCAGUGGCGUGACGCACGCCAGGUUUAUGGGCUGAACUUUGCCAGUAAGGAGGAGGCCACCACCUUCUCCAACGCCAUGCUGUUCGCCCUCAACGUCCUCAGCUCACCUGACGGUGGAGGUCCAGUCGUCCAGCGCCAAAAUGGGCCCACCUCGGAGGAAAACGAGGCACAAAGGAGGAUGAUGGAGCAACAUCAGAUGCAGGCGCACAAGGAGAGGGAGCGACGAACCUCAGGAUCAGUCGUUUCCACUCUCCAAUAUAAAGUGUCCACCCCUCCCACCCACCCAGACACCCCUCCCGAGUACAGACAGUACAGAGCUAGCACACUGCCACCCUCCUACGUCCGCGUGGCCUCCUCUCCUCCCUCCUCCGCCUCCUCUCCCUCUCAGGAGAAAGAGGUGGGGGCUGCUAGGGACAGAGCACAGCUCUCCUCCCAGCUCUCCACCUCGCUCGCCUCAGCCUUUUCCCCAGUCCAGUCAGGAGUGGCCACCAUGGGCCGACAGGUCCGUCAGAUUCCCCUGUCUCCUCCCUCAGCAGCCCGCCACCUACACCAUCAACAAUUGCAGCAGCAACAAGAUAUCAUGCUCCCCCCUAAACACGGCACCUGGUCCGCCUCCCAUUUGCAGCAAAUGUACGCCCAAUUGCCCCCUUCCGCCUCCCCUCCAGUUAUGAUGGCCAUGCCUGUCAAGCAAGGUUUACCCCAGCAGCCCACCCUCCCAUUGGCUCACCCCCUUCCGCCCCUGAGCACGAGAAUGAAGCCCCCACCUCUUGACCCAAACGUUGUGACAGGCCAUCACCAGUACCCCCAGCAGCACCCGUCCCACCCUCACUCCAACGGCCAGCCAGACAGCCACUACUCUCCUCAUUCUCAGCAUCUGCCACUCACCCCGCAGUACUGCGAGGCCGUCCCCCUGCCUCCUCUGAUAGGUCAGACAGCCCCAGGCCCCGCCCCCUGCCACCAGCCCCAGUACCCAUCCACCUUCCACCCUCAGCAGCAACUGCAUCCACAACAACAGCAGCAGCAGGUGUACCACCAGCAGGCUCAGCCCCCUACCACCACUUCCUACUCCUCCUCCUCGCCCCCCUCUUACACUGCCUUUCACUCUGAUGGGGGCUCGCCCAAGAAGACCCCCUCCCCCGUCCCCCAGCCGGCCCCCAUGGUCAGCAGCAGCCCUCCUGUCUCUGCAGGUCACCCUGCUAUGCUUUCUGUGGCGCCUCCUCCAGCUGCUAUUCCAGCACCCAUGGCUGGUCCUCCAGCCCCACCACCUCCACCGGGUCCACCGCCCCCAAUGGCGGUACCCCCACCCAUGCCACCUCCACUGCCCAUUGGUGGAGGGCCUCCUGGGGGCCCACCAGGGGCCCAGCUACAACCCUCAGGACUCGCUGCAGCACUUGCUGGAGCCAAACUACGUAAAGUACAUAGGGAUGAGAGCAGUCCGCCUGGGUCUAGUGGCAAAAGUGACUCCAACCGGUCUAGUGGCGGCAGCGGAGGAGGGGGAGAGGGACUGAUGCAAGAGAUGAAUGCCUUACUAGCUCGCAGACGGAAAGCUUCAGAGAAACCUGAUGAAGACGAGUCUAAUAGAGGUCAGCAGAACUCAACAGAUGCUCUGAAGAAGCCAUGGGAACGAUCCAACUCUGCAGAAAAGUCCUCACUGGUGUCCAGAGUGAGACCCAUCGGCAGCACUAGUGAAUCAGACACAGAAUUUGACAGGAUGAAACAGGAAAUUUUGGAUGAAGUUGUACGCGAGUUGCAUAAAGUUAAAGAUGAAAUCAUUAAUGCCAUCAGACAAGAAAUUGGCAGAAUCGGUACAUCCUAAUCUCACGUGAGCAACGGUAGGAGGAGAGCUGGAGGAGAAUGGACAUGCAGAUGCACAGACACGAGGACCCGGGGAAUGUUCUCUCAAUGUUUCUGUGACCUCGCGACUCCACAAUGCAAGUUGCAGAGAUGUUGUGCCAACAUUUGAGUCUGCUGGACAGCGAAAAAAGGGAAGAAAGGAACAGAGAGAAGGGGUUAAUGAGACAGAGGGGCAGAAGAAACAGAAGGAUGGAUAAAGAAAGUUUAAAGGACUGAUGAACUCAAACAGAGGAUGAAAAAUAAAUUAAAAGAUGGGACGGACGGACAUUCGUGCUGAGUUCGGUGUUGUGGUCCUCUCUGUGCACCUAAAGACUCAGUCAGCCCAGUGUUGCAACUCUUUGUUCUCUGUUCAGUCUUAAGAAGAAAAUAUUUUUGUUUUCUAAGUUUUUACUGUUUUAUUAUUUAAAAACUGUGGUGAUAAUGAUGAUGCUGUUGAUGACAAUGAGUAUUUUAUUGAUAUUAUAGAAGGAGAAAGGAAUCUUGCACACCAUUUAUGUCAGCCUUUUAUAUUUUAUAUUAUGAUUUUGUGUUUAGUUUAUCCCUAACUAUUUCAUAAUAACAAGCACAAUAUGGGCAUAAUGGUGCUACAGACUCACCUGCCCUCGACUGGCAUAUUAAAAAGAAGAAAAAAAACAUUUUGUUUUUAUGACCUUGUUCAUACUGGUGUUGUGUUUAACCAAGUCUCUCCAGAAAUGUUAAAUAACAUUGAAUAACAAACCACAAUUAGCCACUUUAUUGACCUCUCUCCUCGACGUCCGAGGCUUAAAAUAUUACAAAUUAAUAAUAGAUUCUUUGGAAAUUGAUAAAAUAACACACAAUAGGAAGUCUGCUCUCCAACUCCAGUGUGACCAAGGUACAAGUUUCUUGAAACUUGAGGAUCUUUCACAGAACAGGCCGACAACUGUAAAUGUGCCACCUGGUUUUACCUAGAUAUUUAAAACAAUGUAGUAAUACCUAUUAGCCAUCCUAUGCUUUGUGAACCUCCCAAGUAUGCAUGAAACCCCCCCCCAUCUCUAUGAAUCACUUUUUUUAUUUGGUUUGGAGAAGAAUAAAAAAAACAAACGGUG